AUGUCGAUGUCUUGUUUGAUCCUGUGAGCUUUCAUCUUCAUAUCCAUGGCAUUAUUCAGAGGAUUGGGCAUCUGAUCUCAGCGACAUGAGAGGCCUUUGUUGGGCCUCUACAAGGCGCACAUUGAGUUGCUUAUCUGCUUGUAGUUUUCUCCUGUGAGCUCAUUUGGCCGAUGUUGCAAUGAAGUUACGGGAGAAACGGAAUAUUAAGCCCCACAGAACAAAUCUGGUACAUGGGAAGCGUGCCUGUAUUUACCUAGAGGCAUGUGACUGUGUGUGUAUGUGUUGAUAAUCCACACGUUUUGUUAUUUUAUGUCCUCCUGCGGUGCAGAAGAGAUUUAGGGAUUGCGUGUAACGCACCACAGCGGCGAGCAAGGCGCGCGUCGGGCUUCAAAUAAAAACCGAGCCCGUUUGUGGACUUUCUGGACGGAAGUUUUCGGGGCACGAGUGAAGAUCAUGAAACGCUGCUCCUCGCUGUUGCUGCUGAUUUCAUGUGUAAUACACGGAGGCUUGGCAGCAGUGAGACUGUAUCAUGUAGCUGCUGUUGACAUUAAGUGGGUUUAUUCCAGAAAAGGAACAGAAAGCUCGUUAGCAGAAACAAAAUCGUUUCUGAAGGCCGUUUACAAGGAAUAUCAUGACUCUGACUUCACCCGAGAAAAGGUUGGCCCCGAGUGGAGAGGUCUACUGGGACCCACGUUACGUGCAGAGGUAGGCGAUGUUUUAAAAGUCCAUUUCAAGAAUAAGGCUUCUUGUCCUUUCAAUAUUCGCCCUCAAGGAAUCUCCAACGUAAAAUCCGCUGAUGAGUUCAUUCAUGGAAACAGAAUACUCUUUGAAAGUUAUGAAGAACGAAUUAUGCCACUCCAAGAGCAUACUUAUGAAUGGAAUAUCACAGAAGAAGUUGGGCCAACAUCGAGCGAUCCUCAGUGCCUAACCUAUACUUACUCUUCUGAUGUUAAUGCUGUAAAAGAUAAGCAUGCAGGAUUGAUUGGAGCCCUGCUCAUCUGUAGACCUGGUAGUUUAAAUGGUACUGGAUGGCAAAAUGAAUUUAAUGAAGAAUUUGUUUUAUUGUUCUCUGUUUUUGAUGAAAGUGAGAGUUUGUAUAAUGAGGAAAAUACUCCAAUCAAAAUGUAUUCUAUCAAUGGAUUUACUAAUGGCACUUUACCAGAACUUAGUGCCAAUAUUCAUGGAAGGAUUAGUUGGCAUCUGAUUGGCAUGAGCUAUGAUCCUGAAAUUUUCUCUGUACAUUUUAAUGGCCAAGUCCUCUUGCAAAAUAACCAUAAAGUUUCAUCCAUUAGCCUGACUUCAGGCUCUUCCAUCACUGCUGAGAUGUUUCCCACUAAAGCUGGAAAAUGGCUGUUUUCUUCUCAAGUACAGCACCAUCGCCGGGCUGAAUUAUAUGGAUAUCUCAACCUUAAAUAUGUCGACAUUAGUAAACCUUCCAACGUAUAUCACUCAAGGAGAUUAACAGGAAAAAUUCGCGAGUAUUUUAUUGCAGCAGAAGAAGUGAAUUGGAAUUAUGCCUCUGAUAUUCCGAAGUAUAUUGACAGUGAUUUCAAUUCUAAGUAUUUGGAACAAGCAGCAAACCGUAUUGGCAAAAUAUAUAAAAAGGCAAUAUAUGUAGAAUACACAGACAAAUCAUUCACUCAGCGUAAAAAAUCAGAAGAAGAUAAUGCUCCAUCUAUUCUACAAGAUGGAAUUGGAGUACCUAUUAUUAGAGGUGAAGUCAAAGACGUAAUUAAGGUUUAUUUUAAGAAUAAGGCCAGUCGACCUUACAGCAUCUAUCCUCAUGGCCUUACAAUUAGCAAAGAGAAUGAAGGGGUUAAAUACCCUGGGAAUUCCUCAGACUCCAAUAAGCAGGUUGAGCCUGGUCAAACCUUCGUUUACACCUGGGCCAUUUCUGAAGGAGAUGGGCCAACAUCUGUAGACGCCAGGUGUCUAACAAGAGUGUAUCACAGUGCUGUGGAUAUCACACGAGACAUUGCAUCAGGACUUUUUGGACCUCUUCUUAUCUGCAAGGGUCAAUCUUUGGAUGCCCGGAAUUUACAGAUAAGAGUAGAUGAGGAACAGCGUAUCAUAUUUGCAGCAUUUGAUGAGAACCAAAGCUGGUAUAUAGAUGAGAACAUUAACUUAUGUCUGGAUCCUUCCAGUGUUGACCGAAACGACCCUGAGUUUUAUGAAUCAAACAUCAUGUACACGAUAAAUGGCUUUGUGUAUGAAAGCAAAGAGGCUUUACCUUUCUGCAAAGGCGAUGUCAUAUAUUGGCAUGUUUUUAGCAUUGGUUCCCAAGACCGUAUUCUGUCAAUUAAUUUUCAUGGGCAUACCUUCAAGCACAGAAAUAUAAAUGAGGAUGUAAUACACCUCUUCCCUUUAUCUGGUGAAACUCUGACUAUGCAGAUGGACAAUUCUGGUGAGUGGCUUCUCAGACCUUUAAAUACGCAGCCUCGGACUUACGGUAUGAGGAUGAGAAUUAAAGUUUAUCAUUGUGAUGAUGAGGCAGUUGCAUACCCACUACAUAUUUAUAAGAUUGAAUAUGAAGGAGACAAAGUACUAGUGGAUGUAAGCGAAGAAAUGGGUGAUGAAGAAAUCGAUGACCAAACUCUUGAAAUUUUAAAAGAACUUGGAUUACGGUCAUUCAGAACACGACAGGAAAUGACAGAGGAAGAAGAUAUUCUGCAAUAUAUUGAGGAAGACUCUGCAAAACACGAUACAUUAAAUGUCAGUUCUGUGGAUUCAAAUGGAAAUCAGAGUAAAACAUCCAUCCCUGAGAAUAACCUGGUCAAUGUAUCAAAUCAAAGUAAAACCGAUGAUUUAGAUGAUUAUUUACAUGAAGCAGACAGAUUUGAGGAACUUGUAAAGUUAAAUGAAAUUUCAACAGAAGAAACACUCAAUGAAAUGGCACAAGUAACUGCAACAUCAAUAUCCGAUUCUUAUCCACUGAACUUCACAUUGGCAAGUACUCACUUAAGUCAUAAUAUGCAAGGUAUAGGCAAAGAAGGUACACGCUUGGGGAUUUUUGCCAAAGACUACAAUGCAAGGAAUGACAGUAGUGUGUUAGAAGAUGUUGCACUAAGGAUAGAUGCCAAUCAUGCCAUUUUCCCAAUUAACAUGAACAAAACGGAUAUUCCAGUUAAUCUCAUGGUGAAGAGCAAGAGGGAUUUAGCAGAUACUUCUGUAUUAACAUUAAAACAAAGUAAUAUUUUUCAAAGAACUUCAGACAGCGCAAGUUAUGUCAAUAUUACCAAUGGCAAAGGAGAAAAAGAGUAUGUUUUAGUCACAGAUGAAAGUAGCUCAGAGGUAAAUAAUAAAGGUGAAGAUUUUAUCAAACAAGGCAAUGAAGAAUCGGAAGGAAUACAUGCUGACAGAGAUACAGGUGGAAAACAGGAAACAGAAAUAGAGAAAGGGUAUGCAGUCAAAAUCCAUGAAGAUUUAGUGCUAGGGUUGAUUAAUGAAUCAUUGUCAGUUGGAAAUAAUCAGGCAAUUGAGCCUGAACACAGCCCUGACUUCAUCCAACAUUUUGAAAAUAAAACUAUUAUAUUAAACGGCAGUACAAUUGAAGCUACAACUAAUAGUGAAGAGGAAGAGAAUAAUUUGUCCAGUAAGGCUCCAGAAUAUUUCACAAGUGCCAUGAAAGAAUCAAGUAUGGAGAGUAGUGAAGAUCCUGAAAAAGUAUUUAUUUUCCUAAAGAAGCAUUUAAAAAGUGAGCACAAAGUUCGAUUUAAGGGAGUACCCUUAAAACCCAAAGGACAUCAUUUGACCUACCAAGUGGAAGAUAAAGGUGUUAGUGUGUCAAGGGUAAAAAGUUUGAGAAAGUACAUAAAGCACACAAAAAAGAAUAGCUCUAAAAAACAGCUCAAAAAUACAGAAACUGCAAGACAGCAAGUUGUAGCUAAAAUGCUGAAACAAAGAAGAGACUUGAAACAGAUCUCACCAAGAGGGAUUAAGCCUGGUAUUAAACAAAGAACAAAUUUAUUAGGAGAAAAACAUCCAUCAUCAAGUAAGCUUAAUUCUAAAUUUAAAGACACUCUAAUUUAUCAAGAUGACACGUCACAUAGUAUCAUAGUUGGAAUUCCCAAGCGUAACAAUGGCGUGAGUUUUGAUUAUGAUGAAUAUAUUGGAAAUGCAGAGGUAAGGACUGGUAGAGCUGCAUUAGAAAAGGAUGAAGAGGAAACAGAAUUAGAUGCUGUAAACCCUUAUACCCAAGAUAGUCGAACUCAUUCAGAUAUGUCCCGGGAUCCAGAAAUGAUUAUCGCGCAGUAUUUACGCAGCAACAGUGGGAAUGUGAGGCGGUAUUUUAUUGCUGCAGAAGAAGUUUAUUGGGAUUAUUCCACAAAUGUAAUCAGAAAUUUUGGAAGAUCAAUAAAGCAAAGGAAUACUCGGUACAAAAAGGUCAUUUUUCGGAGAUAUACAGAUGCAUUUUUUAAGAAGCGCUAUGAUCAUGGAGAACGGGAUGACCACUUGGGAAUACUUGGACCUAUCAUCAGAGCAGAAGUUAAUGAUGUCAUCAAGGUUAUGUUCAAAAAUCUUGCUUCUAGACCAUACUCCAUUCAUGCACAUGGAGUAAUAUAUGACAAAUCAUCCGAAGGAAUGAGCUAUGAAGACUUCUCUACUGAUUGGUAUAAAUCGGAUGAUGUUGUUCUGCCAAACACCACGUAUACUUAUGUAUGGAAUGUGCCACCUCAAUCUGGGCCAACAGCCACUGGAUCAGUUUGCAAGCCCUGGGUCUAUUAUUCUGGUGUGGACUACGAGAAGGACAUUAACUCAGGUUUGAUUGGGCCUCUUCUGAUCUGUCAAAAUGGAACAUUGACGUCAAUUAAUGAAAGCCCUAAAGAUGCUCGUGAAUUCAUUUUGUUGUUUAACACUUUUGAUGAAACUAGAAGUUGGUACUUCAAUGAUGACAAAGCACGGAGUUCUGAUGCGGACUUUGAAAUGAGUGAUAAUUCGGACUUGAUACAACAGAAUAAAUUUCAUGCCAUAAAUGGACUUCUUGAUGAUUCUUUAAGCAGUCUGGUGAUGUUUGAGAAAGAACUGGUUCGUUUUCAUCUGAUUAACAUUGGGACCUCAGAAGAUGCACAUUCUAUACAGUUAGAUGGUCAUACAUUCAUUGAAAGAAGGGAGGAGGCACAUCGUCUGGGAACUUGCAGCUUGUACCCAGGUGCCUUUAAAGUAGUGGAGCUGUAUUCAUCAAAACCUGGCUUAUGGUUGUUAAGCAGUGAAAAUGGAGAACAUUAUAAAGGAGGCAUGCAUGCACCUGUGCUUGUUCUAUCAGAAGGCUGUGAUGCCCCACUGGGUAUGGCAACUGGAAGUAUAACUGAUGCACAGAUCACUGCAUCAGAAUAUGAAGAUGACUGGGAGCCAAAGCUGGCGAGAUUGCACAACCAAAACAGAAUCAAUGCCUGGAGUGUUGAAAUGCACGGUUCGGCUUGGAUCCAAGUUGACCUAGAAAGGCCAAUGGUGCUUACUGAGAUUGCCACUCAAGGAGCGAGAAUAUUUUUUACGGCUUAUUUUAUUACAGCCUUUUACAUUGAAUACAGUGUGGAUGGAAUCAAUUGGAAGUAUUACAAUGGAAACAGCAGGAGCAACAAACAAAUAUUUAGUGGAAAUUCUGACAAUUCAGAAAUAAAGUUUAACAAGUUUGACCCACCUAUCAUUGCAAGAUACAUAAAAUUGUAUCCAACAUCCUUCAAAAGAAGACCAACUCUCCGCAUGGAAUUGUAUGGCUGUGAAAUAGACUAUUGCUCACAACCAUUGGGAAUGAAGAAGGAGAUUAUUUCAGAUGAUCAGAUAACUGCUUCAUCUUUCCAGUCUUCAUGGUGGGGUUCUUGGCCACCACAACUGGCACGUCUGGACCUAAGUGGCAGAAUUAACGCAUGGAAAUCUGAUGAACUGAAUGAAAAUCAAUGGCUUCAGGUUAACCUUAGAAAGAAAAUGAAGAUAACUGGUAUUAUUACACAAGGGGCAAAGUCUUUCACCACCACGAUGUUUGUACAAAGUUAUGCAGUCCAUUUCAGCUUUGAUGGAAAAAUAUGGAUACCAUAUACAGAUCAGUCAAGUAGAAAUGAAAAAAUAUUUGUUGGAAAUACUGAUGGUUAUGGACACAGGAAAAACUACAUUAGUCCUCCCAUUUUGGCCACAUAUAUACGUAUAAUUCCAAAAAGUUGGUACAACAGCAUCGCACUUCGGGUAGAGUUCAUCGGAUGUGCCAUUAAAUGAAUAUUGUUGCAAGAGUAUUCGUGGAAGAACUAUUUGUACAAAAAGAUUUUUCUAAUUGAAACCAGCAGUACAUUUUUGGGGAAUUCAACAUUCACUGUGGAUAAAUAAAUUUUGAUGUGAAAAAUUCGAGUAAAUUUU